AUGCCUCCCUUUCCUAAGCGCUAUAAAGCACCAAAUUUUGAGAAAUACAAGGGAAAUGGUAAUCCAAAAGAUCAUGUUCAAGCUUUUUACACAGCGUGUAUUGAGGUAACUUAUGAUGAGACAUAUUUGAUGCGUCUUUUCCCGUGUAGUCUCACGGGACAAGCUAUGGAUUGGUAUGCGCAUUUGCCUGGGAAUAUAAAAUCUUGGAAUGAAUUGGCUGAGAAAUUCAUUUGUCAUUUCGCAUUCAACAUCGGCAAUGAGAUAACCAUGUUAGAUUUUUGCAACACAAAGAAAAAGCCAGGAGAACCAUUAAUGAAUUUCUUACAAAGAUGGCAAGAAUUGGUUAGUCAAUGUUCCGUCGAAAUCCCAGAGGAACAACAAGUUAAUUUAUUUAUUCAAAACUUGAUACCAAAGAUGAUGUAUGAGCUUAAAUUGAAAGGUCCUAGUACUAUUGCAAAGCUCAUUAAAAAAGGAAUAGACAUUGAGGAUGCUCUUAUUGCUAAGGGGGUUAUUAAAGUGAACAAGGACAACAACAAUCUGACCAAGUCAAGUGAUAGGAAUAAGUUUUGGUCCAAAAAUAAGAAUGUCACUAAUGAGGGUGUAGUUGACGCAAGAACUGUAAGCACUAGUCAAGCUAAGUUUGUUAUAAGAAGACCAAGUGCAUUGAAUGCUCCAACUUUCCAACAGAAUCAAUAG